CCCGCGGCCCCGCGCCCGGCCCCCGCCGCCGCCAUGGGCUGCUGGGGGCGCAACCGCGGGCGCCUGCUGUGCAUGCUGCUGCUGACCUUCCUCUUCAUGGUGCUGGAGGUGGUGGUGAGCCGCGCCACCGCCUCGCUCGCCAUGCUCUCCGACUCCUUCCACAUGCUGUCGGACGUGCUGGCGCUCGUGGUGGCGCUGGUGGCCGAGCGCUUCGCGCGCCGCACCCACGCCACGCAGAAGAACACGUUCGGCUGGAUCCGCGCCGAGGUGAUGGGCGCGCUGGUGAACGCCAUCUUCCUCACGGGGCUGUGCUUCGCCAUCCUGCUGGAGGCCGUCGAGCGCUUCAUCGAGCCGCACGAGAUCCAGCGGCCGCUCGUGGUGCUGGCCGUCGGCGUGGCCGGCCUGGUGGUCAACGUGCUGGGGCUCUGUCUCUUCCACCAUCACAGCGGCUUCGGCCACGCGCACGGCGGCCGCGGCCGCGGCCACGGCCACGGCCACGGCGCGGCGGCGGCGGCGGCGGCGCGGGGGGCGCGCGCGGGCGGCCCCGGCGCGCCCGGAGGAGCGGGCGGACCCGGCGGACCCGGGCCCGACGGCGCGGCCAGCGAGCCGGGGCCCGACCCCGAGGAGACCAACAUCCUGGUGCCCGGCGGCCGCGACGCCAACGGGCUCAAGCCCGAGCGCCCAGAUGCUGACCAGUCGGGAGCUGAGGCCUCGGCCGUGCAGGUGAACGGCAGCCUCAUGGCGGAAACGGAGCCGGAGGAGCUGGACGACGACCACUCGGCGCAGCUCAACAUGCGCGGGGUCUUCCUGCAUGUCUUCGGCGAUGCUCUGGGGUCCGUGAUUGUGGUGUUGAAUGCGUUAGUCUUUUACUUUUCUUGGAAAGCUUGUCCUGAGGGGGAGUUCUGUGUGAACCCGUGUAGCCCCGACCCUUGCAAAACCUUUGUGGAAAUGCUGAAUACGACACAGGCGGACGUCCACACGGCCGGGCCUUGCUGGGUGCUUUACCUGGACCCCACGCUCUGCAUCGUCAUGGUCUGCAUCCUGCUCUACACCACCUACCCGCUGCUGAAGGAGUCCGCCCUCAUCCUGCUCCAGACGGUGCCCAAGCAGAUCGACAUCAAGCAUCUCAUGAAGGAGCUGCGUGCCGUCGAGGGGGUCGAUGAAGUCCACGAGCUACACGUCUGGCAGCUGGCUGGGAGCAGGAUCAUCGCCACCGCGCACAUCAAGUGUGAGGACCCCGCCUCCUACAUGCACGUGGCCAAGAUCAUCAAGGAUGUGUUCCACGACCACGGCAUCCACGCCACCACCAUCCAGCCCGAGUUCGCCAGCGUGGGCACGGCCAGCGUGGCCCCCUGCGAGCUGGCCUGCAGGACUCAGUGUGCGCUGAAGCAGUGCUGCGGCUCCCGGCCGCAGCCCCCCGGGGCCAAGGACGGGGAGAAGACCCCCUCGGUUAGCAUUUCCUGUUUAGAACUUAGUGAAAGUCUGGAGAAGAAGCCCCGGAGGACUAAAGUGGAAAACAUACCUGCUGUUGUCAUAGAGAUUAAAAAGAUGCCAAGCAAACAGCCCGAGUCCUCUUUGUAAAGGAGGCUUGAGAGGGACACAGCGCUUGAUUUUAAAGACUCCAUCGAAUUCGAGUUUGCCAAGUAGUGUGAUUUGAAGUCCUUGUCUGGCCACAGUUUCUUCUAUUUUUGUAAGAACUCGCAGGGACUGUUGAACAGAGUUCUACAGCAACUUUUGUGAAUGUUGGUGGGGUCACAGCUGUGCUGGACAGUUUUAGGAAGCCAGUUUUAACACUAUGUUACAUUUUUGUUUUAAAGUAAGUAUAAACCUUAUAUAACAUAAUGACUUUUGAUUUCCAGUUUUUCCAUGGUAAAAGAUUAACUUGGGGGAUAAAUAAAAUUGUUACUGGGUUUUCUCUGC